GACGUUCAAAAAUCAAGUUGCAUCAUGCAAAUUUUUGUCUUUUUCGUAUCCAAGGGUGUAAAAAAAUAACAGUACCAUUUUGUUGACGCAGAAGUUUUCUCGUAAAAUUUGUGUUUUUAGUAGUUAUAUCCAUAGUUAAAAGUAUAUUGAUAAGCUGAAGCAUCGUUAAUAAUUAAGAACAAAUUAUGAAUUUACCUCAAGGAGUUAUAGUUCCAAUGGCAUCUUUGUACGUAGGAGAUUUAGACGCAGAAGUAACUGAGGCAAUGCUUUAUGAAAAAUUUGCUUCUGUUGGGCAAGUCUUGUCUUUGAGGGUAUGUCGAGACACAAGAACCAAACAAUCCCUUGGAUAUGGGUACGUCAAUUUUAACCAACCAGCUGAAGCAGAGCGAGCAUUGGACACAAUGAACUUUGAUUUGCUAAAAGGAAAACCAGUUCGCCUCAUGUGGUGUCAGAGGGACCCAGCCUUAAGAAAAUCUGGAGUUGGUAACGUGUUUAUCAAGAAUUUGGACAAAAAUAUUGACAAUAAGUCGCUUUAUGAUACAUUUUCUGCGUUUGGUAAUAUUUUGAGUUGCAAAGUAGCAAUUGAUGAAGAUGGUUACUCCAAAGGCUAUGGUUUUAUUCACUUUGAAAGCACUGAUGCUGCUAAUACUGCCAUCAAUAAAGUUAAUGGCAUGCUUUUAAACCAAAAAAAAGUUUAUGUAGGAAAGUUCAUUCCUAGGCUUGAACGUGAGAAGACAAUUGGUGAGAAAGCAAAACUCUUUACCAACAUUUAUGUGAAGAAUUUUGAUGAAAACAUGAGUGAAGACAAGUUUUAUAACUUGUUCUCGAAGUUUGGCACUAUUACAAGUAGUGUUGUAAUGAAGCAUAUUGAUGGCACUACCAAGGGUUUUGGUUUUGUAGCCUAUGAAGAUGCUGCUGCUGCAGAGAGGGCCGUAAAGGAGAUGAAUAGCACUGAAAUUGAUGGGGAAAAACUUUUUGUAGGACGGGCUCAAAAGAAAACUGAAAGAAUCAAUGAACUCAAAAAACGUUAUGAACAACUACGACUUGAACGUUACAACCGCUUCCAAGGUGUAAAUUUGUAUAUCAAGAACUUGGACGAUUCCUUUAAUGAUGAAAAGUUAAGAAAGGAGUUUUCAACUUUUGGUACAAUUACAUCAGCCAAAGUAAUGACUGAAAAUGGAAGAAGCAAAGGAUUUGGGUUUGUCUGCUUCAGUUCUCCAGAUGAAGCCACCAAAGCCGUUUCCGAAAUGAAUGGGCGCAUGGUUGGAAGUAAGCCGCUGUACGUGGCCUUGGCUCAAAGAAAAGAGGACCGCAGGGCUUUCCUUAACACGCAGUACAUGCAGAGAGUAAGACAACAUAGCAUUACAUUCCCGACCACCACCCCUCCGUUCUUAAUCCCGGCGGUUGCUCAAACUGGUCCGCGCUUUUUCAACCACAUCAAUCCGAUUAAUCAUAUCCGACCAACGCCACGUUGGUCCGCCCCGAACGCAAUGAGACCGAAUGGAACCUAUAACAUGUCGAUCAUUUCCAAUUCGCCUUAUCGUCCAACUUCAAGAAAUAGCAUCCAAGUGAACAAUGUUAGGAAUUCCCUCCAUGCCCGUCCAAUAACGGGCCAGCAGCCAACAGCCAGACCAAAUAGUAAAUAUACCACCAACUCCCCAAACAGCAUCAUAAGACCCAUAAACAUGGCUUUGGGCAAUGGAGGAGAUAACAUCCCGCUAAACUCUAAUUCUCUCUUGACACCAAACCCUCAAGAUCAAAAGCAGAUACUUGGUGAGCGGCUUUUUCGUGUUGUCGAAAAACUGCACCCUGAAAUGGCUGGUAAAAUAACCGGCAUGCUUUUGGAGAUCGAUAAUUCCGAGCUCAUUCACAUGAUCGAAAACCAGGAUUCUCUUCGUGCCAAAGUUGAAGAAGCUAUUGCUGUGUUACAAGCCCAUAAGGCUAAAAAGGGAAUAGUCUCCGUACAAGAUUAAACUUAAUUUAUAAGUUUGCCCUUUUCUUUUAUAACCUUUUAAGAGUUUUUAGUUGAGUUUUCGUUUAUAUAAAUUAUAUUUUUAAACCGUUAUGAUUUAAAGUGUUUUAGUUAAUUUAAAAAAUGUUAAAAAAAACACCUGGGUAUUUUAUUUUUACUAUACGGACAGUUUUAAUACUUUUGAAAACCAUAAAAAAUAUAUACACUCAACUUAUGUAUAUCUGCCCAAAAAUUACUGUAGGUAUGCCCAUUUUUUCCAAAAAUAAAGACGUUUUUCUUUA